AUGUUUUUUUUAGCAAUUAAUAAAAAUAAAUUCAUUUAUAUCGGGGGUGUCAGCAGUAUAGCAAUUUUAGGAUUAAUAUAUUAUUUAAAAAAUAAAUAUAACUUUAAAGAGGAGGAAGAGAAUAAAAACAAUAGUUAUAAUAAAGAAAUGGUCUCACAGCAAUUAAGUGAAAUUAGAAAAAAGAUUAAUGAUUUUAACAAGUUAAGUUUCCCAACUAAACAAGGUUUAUUAUUCAAGAAAAGUAGAUACUUAAAGGAAUGGAGAUGCAGAUUUUUUGCAAUUCAAGAUAAUAUUUUAUUUUAUUUUGAUACCAAGAAUAGCGUUCCAACAGGUCAUCCAUUGGGUAUGUUUAAUUUAUUGGAUUGCCAAUUCACAUUAAUCCAAAAUGAAAAGCGUCCCAAUGUAUUCAAAAUCCUUGAACAAAAAACAGGAAAGAAUUGUUUAAUCUCUUGUGAAAAUAUUGAAGAGUUUCAAAAUUGGUUUGCAAUAUUGCCACAAAUUCAACAAAUAGUAUUGAAAAGGGAACAGAUUUGUAUUAAACUUCAGUCAUUAAUUAGAAAGAAACAACAGGCCAAACGUUUUAGAGAGUUAAAGGAAGCAUCUGUCCAAAUCCAAAAGUUUUAUCACCAUCACGAGGGUCACAGAAAAUUUGCUCGUUUUGUACAUAAUGUAAUUAAAGUUCAAUCUAUAGUUAGAGGUUUCUUACAAAAGCUUAGAUAUAGAAGAAUCAAAACUCAAGUAUUGGUUAUUCAAAGUCACUUUAAUACAAUUAAAUUAAAAAAUAGAUUAGAAAAAGAAUUUACUAGAAAACGUAUUGUUCAAGAGUUAUUAGCAACUGAAAAAUCAUAUGUUUACAACUUAAAGUUAAUUAUUGAUAUUUUUAUUAGACCUCUAAUGAAUUUCCAUUCAAUUGAGCAAAAGGUAUUAUCAUUAUCAGAAAUUAGUGGUGUAUUUGGUAAUUGGGAACAGCUUUAUAAAAUUAAUUCAGAGUUUUUAAAAUUAAUUCAAGGCAAAUUUGAUACAUGGCACACUGAACAAUUAAUUGGUGAUAUAUUUAUAUCAAAUACUGAUUCUUUAUUACAAUAUACACCUUAUGUUACAAAUUUCGAAUUCUCAAGAAAAUUAUUAGAUAAAUUAACUGCUAGUAAUAUAAACUUUAGAAACUUUUUGGAUGCAGCCCAAAGAGACAAGAGAAGUAAAUAUUUAGAUAUCUCAUCAUUUUUGAUUCAGCCAGUUCAAAGAUUACCAAGAUAUGAGCUUUUACUAAGAGAUUUAAAUAAAAAUACCUAUGAUAGUCACCCUGAUAAAGAAAAUUUAGUCAAAGGUAUUUCCAAAGUAAAAGAAAUUACAAUGUAUGUAAAUAAUCAACAAAAAGAGCGUGAAAAUCUUUCACAAGUAAUUCAAAUCCAACAAGAGUUAAUAUCCGAUAAUGGUAAAAUCUCAUUCUCUUCAGCCACUCGUUUGAUAAGACAGGGUGAUGUUAAAGUUUCAAAAAAGAAAUGGAAUUAUAUGUAUUUAUUCAACAGUCAAUUAGUUAUAAUUCAAAAGAAAGAUGAAAAGAAACUAGUAAAAGAAAUUAUUCAAUUGGAUUGUUUGGGUAUCAGAGAUGAAACUGGUGUCGAUAUCAAUUUAUCAAAUGGUGAUUUAAAUCAAAGUUUCACCACCUCCAUGGGUGGUCCAUCAUCACCUGAUAUUUAUGCUAUCAAUACAAGUUCAUCUGCUUUACCCAUUGGUAUAUCUGGUAAUAAAUUCAAAAUCGUUAUUAAUCAGAAAGUUGAAUAUUCACUUUAUUUCGAUACUCCUGAAGAGAGAGAUGGUUGGUUUACCGAUAUUGCUGUAACUUUAAAUCGUCUUGAAAUUUUAAACUCUUCGACAAAAUCAAAAUAA